AUGUCAAACUCCGCAGAGCAAACCCUAGCAAUAGUAGCAGCAGCAACCGAAGGAGAAGAAGCGGAACAGCGAGUUUCUGAUAAUGACAACACCAGCGAGCAAUCCCAAGAAUGGGAGACCAUGGCUCGAGCUUGGCUCUGCUCGUUCCCCGAGGCCAAAGCUGUGUCCAUGGACGAGGUCGAAGCCUGGAUCGACUCCAACUUUGACUUCAUCCCCGAAGGCAUCAAAUCCAUGCCUCGUCCUGACCUCUGUCAGCGCCUUAUUUCCAUUCAGAAUUGCAUGAGACUCCCCAAUCAGGAAGAGAAGGAAGAAAACCAAGGUGAUAUCCCACAUGCUCGAUUCCAACGAACCGAUCAAUGGAGACCGGUUUAUAUUUGGUUGGAAUCUUUGGAUAAAGAUGAGGUGGUUAAGUCCAAAGAUAUAUCUGACUGGCUAACUGAGAAUCCAGAUAUACAAGAACAGUUGUGCUCUAGGCAUUCUCGGUAUCAUUUGAUGCAUUACAUCAAGAAGUGCCAUAUGAAGAUACUAAAGAGGCGGGAAAAGAAGAAGGUAUUGAAUACUUCUUGUUUUAGCUCAAUUAGCCUAGAAAUUUUCAAGCGUCUGUCUGAAGAUGCAGAUGCUUCCUCAAUUUGGACCACAUCAGGUGUCCAGCAGCCUGACACACCAGCCCCUCUAAAGGUUCACAAAGACGUGUUGAUGAAACAGCCUGCUCAGCUGCCAUGUAAGGACCAUCUAUAG